UGUGUUUCAUACUCCCCAGGACAUGAAGAACCAGGUAUUAACCACAAGCGGAUGGCUCAACGUGAACUGGGAGGAUGAGUUUCUGCGUUGGAACAAGAGUGACUACGGUGGGGUGGAGGAAAUCACAGUCAGCCAAAGUGCCGUGUGGCUGCCGGAUAUACUCGUGGAGAAUACGGCCCAAAAUUUCGCUGAGAUAGGCAGUGAUUCAAUCCUGGUCAGCAUAAAGGACGAUGGCCAUUUGUCUUGGGAGCCAGGCAUUCUGACCAAGACUAUCUGUGAGGUCAACAUUGGCAAAUACCCGUUCGACUACCAGAAAUGCGAAAUCAAAUUUCUUACCUGGAUGCACACUAACAAGACACUUGACGUGCAGCCUGGCUCUGAACUGGUCAGCCUGGACGCAUGUAUCCCCAACGGUGAGUGGGACAUCAAGUCAGCUGUGGCCAGGCCAUACUUCUACCCGUCCACAUACAAGAUUGGAACAGCACACACUGGUGUGAAGUUCGUCAUCGAACUGAUGCGGAAACGGACCUUCUACGUGCUCAACACGAUAGUCCCGGUGGUCAUGUUGUCUCUUUUAAACGUGCUCGUCUUCUUGCUGCCGGCAAGCUCUGGGGAGAAGAUGGCGUUGGCGGUGACGGUGCUUCUGUCGUUCACAGUGUACCUCAGCAUUAUAAGCGAGGUCAUGCCCAAAACGUCCGAAAGUAUCUCUAUCCUAGCCGUGUACUUGACGUCAUUGCUGUCUCUAAGCACCAUGUCCGUGCUAUCAUCUGGUGUGGUGAUGAACAUGAUACAUCAGGACACAGACAAACCUGUUCCCAGAUUUCUACGUUGUCUCGUCUGCUGCCGACGGCGUCAAAUCAGACGUCAACUCCGGAAGGGUAGUUUCCGGAAAAACCUACCACGCUUGCGCAGUGGAAGCACUCGUAAUGAUCGACGGUAUUCUUCGCUACAAGCUGAAGGCCAUCCGGAGGGGAGCAACGCCAAUAGCUAUUGGUCGUCCAACGGAGAGGCGGGAAGGCGGAGACACCCGGGCAACGAAGCCGAAGGUAUGAGAGUAUUUCCCAGCGAGUCUCACACCAAAAAUAACUCCGACGGCCUUGAAGGCUCGCUCGACACGAGAGUAGACGAGAGAGCGCGAGACGACAUCGAACUAUCGCGGGGAGCUGCUGAAAGAGCGUCAUUCUUAGAGCGGCGCAAAAGUGAGGACGAGGACAGUAUUGAUGACUGGUCCUUGAUAACAUGGACUGAUGUAGGCAGCGCCGUGGAUACUCUUCUGUUCUGGGUGUUCUUGGGGAUCACUGUGACCUCCACCACCAUUGUGUUAGUCUUGUUUUCUUUGCACUGAUACAACAAACACGCCCACCAUGCUGUUGUUAGGCGGUGGUUCUUGUUCGGAGAAAAGAAAAGAAAACGUCAUCUUCCUCAACCGUGUUUUGAAAUAUGUGUCUCAAUGACAUGCAAAACAAGACGCAACAUUAUCAAAACUUUUGACAGGAAUACAUUAUUUUCCUCUGGUCGCCGAAGAACAACGUCCCGAUUUUGAGCUUGGGUUGGCGUCUCUUUGUCAAGUACUCGCCCCCAGUUCAGAAUGACAUCCGACCUACGUGAAGCGGCGUUAAAAAUGAAGCUAUAUUCACUCACCAUCAGACCUCUGUGGCAGACAAUCCGGUGCGGCAGAAUUUUACAAUAUGUGUGGCUAUUCACGGUAUGGCCAACCGGCUAACUCUGACCAUGAAGUUGAGAAAAACAUUCGGUGAAAUUGUGAAUGAGCACGUAUGUUGUUUGCAAAGGUUCCCGGACUUGCAUAAUAUGACGAAUUUAACUACCGAAAUACUCUUUGCAAAGACCAUCCGUGGUAACACAUUGUGUCUAUGUUGGUUAAAAGUAAUUCAAUGUACAUUCAACUGUUUGAUUGUUAUACAAUUUCCAGAUUAGAGUGGUGUAUGUCAUAUUUGAUAAUACAGACAUACAAUAUGCUGAAUAAUACUGUUGUGAUGUAUUUGCAUUGUACUAACAUUCUAAUAAAAAUAGUGACAAUUUCUGUAGCGCCCACUUCUGUACAAUACAGCUAUAGGUGCUUUGCAAUACCCUCAUCUCAACUCACAAUACACGUGAAUGAACAUGACAAUGUAUUUCACAUGCUUAUUAAAUUAUCGCCGAUACAUAAGCAAACAUUCAUACUAUCACAACACAAUCAAUGACAUCAUGAACAUCACAUUGGCAGAAUUGCACAUAUGAGCAAGAUUUUGUUGCCAUGUGUAUGGCAUGGUAGCUACUGUUUGGUUUUCCAGACUGCUGUGAAGUGAAAGCGUAGCACAGGAAAGUAGGUUAAAUUAUGCGAUGGACUCACACACACGACGGACAACGGAUGAAUAGUGUCAACAUUUGAGUGUGCGGUACGAACUUUAGGAACUCAAUAAAACACUCGUUUGCCAUGGCUGGAAGCUGAUACUUAUUAUAUUGUUAUGUGACCCACGUUGUCGAUAUUCUGAUCUCACAUAAGUUGUGUUUCCACAAGUUAGUCUGGUCUAGAACGUCCUUAUGCGUUCAGUUGCCCGAAUCAUUGGAGUGGAGUGAUCUGUUUUGAAACGAUAGUGAUUUUCGUGAUUCUUGGUCAGUGUAUAAAGGCUCUUGUUGAACUGGCACUUGACACGGUUUGUCAGCCAUGAACUUGCUUCUGCACGGCUUUUUUUUUUUCAUUAUGUACUUCAACGUGAAUUUCUAAGAAAGCAGUUUUAAUUAUAUUGUACAUGUUAUUACUUCUUUUAUUUCGAAAGGUAAUUUUCCUUACAAGAGAGAUUGAAGUAUUCACAUUAGGCCCAGCGAAGUAUGACGUCAUUUUGUGGGGAGAAAAGCUCAUUUGCAUACUGCCAGCUGUGCGACCAAUGAAAAUGUCUUUAUGUUCGUGUUGUUUAAGUGCUUUAACUGCAAAGAAUUUCUGCAUUUGGUUGGACAGGCACAGAGACGUAGAACAACGCCUAUAGACGGUCUGCUAUUCGGGAGUUAUAUUUUUAUAUGGAAAUUUGACGACAGAGGAGCUUACAUACUAAACUUAUAGGGCUGAAGCUGAACAGUGAAUUAUACUAAUAUCAUGCAUGUACAUGUAAUUAUACAUUCAUAUGAUGUCAUGUUAUCAUUUCCAAUCACAUUGCACUGAUCUCAAAGGAGCAUAUUUGAAACAGUUACAAUUCAUUCAUUUCAGAUCUCACAGUUCAUACCAUUGUCACUGCAUUUCGAUUGCAGGAGUUCACAUAUACAAGCCCAACAUUCUUUGAAGCCUUGCUACUUGCCAUUUGUCUGUUAGUUGCGAUUCUAGUUUACUUGGAUACAGUAUCAAAAAUAGUACUUUGAAUGUCUUCAGGGCAAUAAGACCCACACUUGUAUCAAAAACAAAGCCACGUUCUACUUGGUUAAGAUCUGUCUUGUUUUCACUAGCCUCAACGUAUAUCAACCCCAAAAGCUUUGCUUGAACCUCGUUUUAAGAUUCAUGAAAUUCUUCCGAGACUUUUGUGACAAGAUUCUUUUCGGUAAUGCAAGUGGAGUCAACUUAAAUGUCCUGUCAGCAAAGGUUGGCCGUUCCUGGAUAUGAAGUGAAUCCAAAGAAAAUCAUAUUACCAGAUAAGAUUUCCUUUGGGCGGUCGAACCCUUUUGGCAAAGCGUUAUAAUUCGAAAUGGAGAAGACAGCCAUGAUGUGUUUGGAGACAGGAUUAAUGUCGAAGAAACAUCUACUGCGACAACAAUGUCGACACUGAUAUUAUCGCUUUGUGCUAUUUUGGUGCAUAGUACUAUAUUGCUGAUUAUACAGAUACUGGUUCUGUAUGCAUGUGUCUGUGUUCGUGUGUGUGUAAGGGGGGGGGGGGGAGGGGCGGAGGGGUGGCUGACUGGCUGUGGGUGUGUGUAUGUGUGGUAUAUGAAUUUGUCAAAGAGAGAAUUGGUGACCGAGUGACAGAAUGAGAUUGACAAAGUGAGGUAGAGAGAGAGAGAGAGAGAGAGAGAGAGAGAGAGAGAGAGAGAG